GUGUAUAUAUGUUGAAUUUUACAUUUAAACGAGUACUUUGUGCCCAACUCAAUAGCAAAAUAUUGCACUCGAUAUGAACGCGCCAGUGUACAAAUGUUUGGAUACUGAGUGAAGAGGUUUUACUUCCUGGUUGGUUUGUCAUGAAUGGAAUCGUUCACGUGUGACUCUAUAGCUGUCAAUGUGAAGUCCUUGAGCAGACGACAUGCGUUGAAACACUGGUUGUUCUUUGAGCAGACAACUCAUAUUGACUUUUUCCUCCAUUUUCGACGCUAUGGAUGGCAAACAGAAUCCGAAACAGCGCAGGGGAAGCAAUAAUGGCAUUGGCAAUGCUGGAAACGAGAAAGGAAAAAAGUCAAAACGUCCAAAGAAAAAUAAAACAAGGAAGAAGCAAUAUCUUGAGAGAGACAACGAUGUGGCGACUUUAAUUUCUAACCUGAGUUUACAAGAUACUGGUCCAGAUUCAGAUAUCGCCAAUCAUUUUGCAUUCACUAAGAACGGCAGUUUCAAGAAGGUUUCAUCCAGCACGUCGACAGCUACAAGCUCAGGGAAUGAUGAGAUAACCAAGGAUAGUCUCAACAUAACUGAUGUGAAAAAAGGAAAGAAUGGUGCCUUAUGGUUGACGGAUAAUGUAAUCAAGGAAAACUUCCUCAAAAUGUCUGACCAAGCUGCAGACUUCGACGAAGGUGUUUGGAAAUCUAUCAAAUUAUCGUUGUGUCAAAAAGCUAACAACUCUCUAUUAAGUGCCAAAUAUAACAGAUUGAACUAUACUAACAACGUGCCACAGUUUGAUUAUCCGCCUUCAGCGCCGCAGGCGGAAAGUCUGCGCUGGGAAUUCAAGAUGGACAGUGAUUCUGAGGAAGAGGAAAGACUCCGUGUUUAUAAAAUCAAUCGCCGAAAGCGGUUUUUAGCUGAAAGAUAUGAGAAAGGAUUGGAACUGAUCAGCGGUGCUAAUAAUCAGACUGAAGUUCUACAGCCUACGAUUUCCACCUCCUACUUCGAUCUUAAUGAUGGACCUGUCUUGUCUAAUAUGAUUAAUCAUUUGGGCUUCAGUGGUGCAGACGACAGCAGAGAAAUGGUGCUCAAUUGCAGUUGAUCCGGCCAUGGUGAAAUGAACUGAAUGAAUUUACUUGCAGAAAAGAAGAAAACCACACAAUCAAAUUGUUUAUUGAAAAAAAAACGCGACAGCAGCGCCUACAAUUUAACACUAUUGUCUUUGCUCAUGUCGUAGAUCUAAAAGAUCUAAGGUGCAAUGAUCAUGACUUGCUUUCUUCAAUCCGAAAAUUGGUGCUGUCAUAAACCAUUUGUGUGAUACCUUGUAAUGGUAUUUGAAAAUAUUUUUUUGAUAAAGAAUAUUCAUCAAGCAAUGAAAGCAAUUUAAACGAUUAUAUACAGAACUUGCCUCUUCGAUAACUAUCAGCCCAUCCUGUUCACGGAGCGACCGUGACUUCGAGAUUGAGUGAGGUCAAGGUCAUUGAACGAGAUCAAGGAGCGAGGUCAAGGUCACUGUGAACAAGAUGCACUGCUGGUCAUCGGAAAUUUGAAAGUUAGUUCUAAAUCAUUGUCAGUUAUUUAUACAGUCAUUGCUUGAUGAACACUCCACAUGUAUAUUCCUGGGCUGCAAAUAAUGGUGUAGUUGCACAGUACAGAAAAACAGGGAACCUUAAUAGUCGCCCAACGGUAGAGCGACAGACAACCCAAAGAUCUGGUGGUCCAAGCAACGGUCAAGGAUUUUCCUGUACUUCUUUCUUUCUUUGCUUAUGCCAUUGAUAGCUUCUCCACUGUUGAAUAGUGCAAUAAAUUGUAUAUUGACAGUAUCGUACGUGAAAAAAUAGGCAUACAUUAUGAUGUAAAAUGAGAUAGAUGAUCUUGUAAAUUUUAUAGUACAUCAACAUAUUGUUAUCUAAUGUACACGUAGUUACAUGUUUUUCACUGUACCCGUUCUAUUUUGACAAUACCAUGUCAGUUAGACGUAA